CGCAGCCCAUCAUGGCGGUGGGAGCGCGGCUACCCGGGCCCGCGGCUCCGCAGAGCUGCUGCCGUUGCUGCUGUUGAGAGGCGGCGGCGACGGUGGCGGCACAGGCGGGCGGGCGGGAAGGAUGGUGUUUCUGUGGUCGGAGCGGUGGGUGCGGACCAGGAGCCGGGCGGAGGUUUGGCCGAAGCGACGUGAGCUCAAGAGCAGCCGGCGCGGGUGCCGCUGAGGCAGCGCAGAGAGGCAGGACCGACUGACGGACGGACAGACGGACGGAAGGCUACCCGAGAGCCGUCCCCCCGGGCCGCGCCGCGGGCGAGAUGCCGGGGCCGCCGGCGUUGCUGCUGUUGCUGCUGCUGCUUCUGGCCGCCGGCAGUGCCGGGGCCGCACCACUUCCGCAAACAGGUGCAGGGGAGGCACCUCCUGCAGAAGUUUCUUCAUCCUUUGUGAUCCUAUCUGUGUGCAGUUUAGUGAUACUAAUAGUGUUAAUCGCAAACUGUGUAUCCUGCUGUAAGGACCCAGAAAUAGACUUUAAGGAAUUUGAAGAUAAUUUUGAUGAUGAGAUAGAUUUCACACCACCAGCAGAAGAUACUCCCUCUGUUCAGUCCCCAGCAGAAGUUUUCACACUUUCAGUACCAAAUAUCUCCCUCCCAGCUCCAUCACAGUUCCAGCCUUCUGUAGAAGGCUUGAAGUCCCAAGUUGCCCGCCAGAGUCUAAACUAUAUACAGGAAAUUGGAAACGGCUGGUUUGGAAAGGUACUCCUCGGAGAGAUUUACACAGGCACUAGCGUAGCAAGAGUAAUAGUGAAGGAGUUAAAAGCAAGUGCCAGCCCCAAGGAGCAGGAUACUUUUUUGAAAAAUGGGGAACCGUACUAUAUUCUUAAACAUCCAAACAUUCUUCAGUGUGUUGGACAGUGUGUAGAAGCAAUCCCCUAUCUUCUCGUGUUCGAGUUCUGUGACUUGGGCGAUCUGAAGGCUUACCUGCGGAACGAGCCCGAGCCGGUGCAGGGGGACGCGCAGACCAUGCUGCUGCAGAGGCUGGCGUGUGAGAUCGCGGCGGGGCUGGCCGCCAUGCACAAGCUGCACUUCCUGCACAGUGACUUGGCCCUGCGGAAUUGUUUUCUUACCUCGGAUUUAAAUGUGAAAGUGGGAGAUUAUGGAAUAGGAUUCAGCAGGUACAAGGAGGAUUAUAUUGAAACAGAUGAUAAAAAAUUUUUCCCUCUGCGAUGGACUGCUCCAGAAUUAGUAACCAGCUUUCAAGACAGACUACUAACUGCAGAUCAAACUAAGUAUAGUAAUAUCUGGUCCCUGGGUGUGACGCUUUGGGAGCUUUUUGAGAAUGCUGCUCAGCCUUAUUCCAGCCUUUCCAACUUAGAUGUUCUCAAUCAGGUCAUUCGAGAGCGAGACACGAAACUCCCGAAGCCCCAGCUGGAGCAGCCUUACUCGGACAGAUGGUAUGAAGUCUUACAGUUCUGCUGGCUGUCACCAGACAAGAGGCCGGCGGCUGAAGACGUGCACAGACUGCUCACCUACCUGCGGAUGCAGAGCCAGAGGGACUCGGAGGUCGACUUUGAACAGCAGUGGAAUGCUCUCAAACCAAACGCAAAUAGCAGAGACGCUUCAAAUAAUGCUGCGUUCCCGAUCCUCGACCAUUUCACCAGGGACCGGCUUGGUCGAGAAAUGGAGGAAGUCCUCACCGUGACCGAAACCAGCCAGGGCCUGAGCUUUGAGUACGUCUGGGAGGCAGCCAAGCAUGACCACUUCGACGAACGUGGCCGGGGCCACCCCGACGAAGCCUUGUCCUACACAAGCAUCUUCUUCCCCACAGAAGUUUUUGAGAGUUCGCUCUCAGACCCCGGACCCGGGAAACAAGAUGACAGUGGCCAGGAUGUCCCCCUGCGGGCCCCCGGGGUGGUGCCCGUUUUUGAUGCCCACAACCUUUCCGUUGGAAGUGACUAUUACAUCCAGUUAGAAGAAAAAAGUGGUAGUAACUUGGAGCUUGAUUACCCGCCCACGCUGCUCACGACUGAAAUGGAUAAUUCAGAAAGGGUCGGUGAUGAGGCGUCCCAGCUUCUGACCCUCAGGAAUCGUGAGUUUGAGGAGUCCAGCACAGAUGAGGACUUCUUCCAGAACGGUGCAGACCCCAAAGAUGCCAGCGUACCUGAGGGUGUGCAUAGUACCAAGGGCCCUGAGAGCCCUUUCAACAGUAUAUUUAAUGAUCUUGACAAACCAGAGGCUUUGCCCAGUCACCAAAAAAUAUUUGACUUAAUGGAACUCAAUGGAGUUCAAGCUGACUUUAAGCCGACCACCUUCAGUUCAAGUUUCGAUGACCCCAGAGAGCCAGUAACUACACGCCACUUUGAGAAGGAAAAGCCCCGUAAGCUUUUUGAUGGUGAGCCUGUUUGUUCACCAGAAAAUCAUAUGCGCCAAGAUAGUUUUGAUCAGCUGGAUAUUGAAGAAUUGUCAGAAAACUUUUUAUUUCUUCAAGAGAAGAACUUACUGAAAGACUCCUUAUCUAGCAAAGAACAUGUAAACGAUCUUCAAACAGAACUUAAAAACGCUGGUUUUCCUGAAACUCUGUUAGAAGCUCCGAGUAGAAACUCUUUGGAUGCUGAGCUUACGUUUGCUGAAGAUAAACCAGGCUCCUCUUUGCUGCAGGAAAAUGUAGGCAUGAGGGGCAGGGACACGGGCGUGGCACCCAAGGGCAGCACCUGGGACGUGGCGUCGCCGUCCUCCCCACAAGUGCAGGCACCACCUACCUCGCUCGAGGCAGAGGCAGAGACGCCUCCCGACGUCCCUCCAGCUGGGUCCCUGAAGCAGGGAGGAGCCAAGCCCGUGUGUCUGGGUGUCAGCGCACGUGAAGACCCUGUCUGCCCAGAGGUCAGCCCGGACUCCGCGCUGGCCCAGGGAGACGUGCCCACCGGCGACGGAUCCCGUGACCUGACUCACCAAGAUGGGGGGGCCUUGAGACUCAGCAAGAGUGACGCAGUUCUUGUCAGUGACACGUUAGCCAGUAAGGUGAGUGUAGGGAGUGGCCUUCCAGAACUGGGACCGAACUUACAGGACGAAGGGCUUUCGGAAGACCGCCGCAGCUGUGGUCUCCUGCGGCAAGACCCGGAAUCUGCAGAGACUCUGAGUCAGCUGGGUUGUAAAGAUGCUGCUGCGAAAGAGGGGGGCCUGGCGUCCGCCCUUUCCUCGGACUCGGCCAGUCAGGACAGCCUUUUGGAGGACAGCCUGUCAGUGCCCAUCCCGCCUUCGGAUCAGUCCGUGGAGACACCGGACUCCCUGGACUCGGUGGACGUCCACGAGGUGCUGCUGGGCUCCCUGGGCCCUCACUCGCCACAGAAACUCUUGCCCCCCGAUAAGCCUGCGGACAGCGGCUAUGAGACCGAGAACCUGGAGUCCCCCGAGUGGACGCUGCACCCUGCCCCCGACAGCGCCUCAGCCCCCGACUCGGCCCCAGCGGGCGAUGGCACUCACAGAGGGCUGCCUCCCAACCCUGUCAUCGUCAUCUCAGACGUGGCCGAUGGCCACAGAGGCACAGAAGUGAGCCCACAGACUUCCGCCCCCGGGUCCCAGAGCUCGUACCGAGACUCUGCUUACUUCUCCGACAACGAUUCUGAGCCCGAGAGGAAGUCGGAGGGAGUCCUGGGAGCCCUGGCGUCGGCCUUGGGAGCGGAUCAGCCCCAGCCCGAGCCUGUCACCCCAGCGCAGAGUCCCAGUGCCUCAGACGGCUGCCUGGAAACUGGGAGCCGCCAGCCAGACCAGAGUUGUCCGCCUGCUCUGCAAAAUUCCCAUCAGGUGGAACUAGGAGACACGUGGGAACCAGCAGUGAUGGAUGCUGCCAGACAGAUGUGUCCUCCUGACGAUGGGGCUGGCAGCCCCUCGAGUCUUUUGAACUCAGAGCUGAGCAGCGGGGAUGACCUUGAGGCACAGGAUGAGCCCCCCUGCAUGCUGGCCUCCACGGGGACCAACACCAAUGAGCUCCUCGCGUUCGCAAAGCCCACCCUCCGCUCCUGCGGCCCAGCGGCCCCCACGGGGGAGAAGGCCUCGUGUGGCCACCCCGAGGCCCCCAAGCUGAAGGAGCCCGACGUCGAAGGGAAGUACCUGGGGAAACUCGGUGUGUCGGGGAUGCUCGACCUCACCGAGGAUGGCAUCGACGCGGACGAGGAGGAUGAGAACAGCGACGACUCGGACGAGGAGCUGCGGGCCUUCAACCUGCACAGCCUCAGCUCUGAGUCGGAGGACGAGACGGAGCACCCAGUGCCCGUGGUCCUGAGCAGCGAGGACGGACGGCACCUGCGGGGCCUGUUGAAACCCUCGGCCACUGCCGCCGCUGAUCAGCCGCCCCACGACUGGAAGAAGGGAAAGAAGGCGGUGACGUUUUUUGAUGAUGUCACGGUCUAUCUGUUUGACCAGGAGACCCCGACCAAGGAGCUGGGCCCCUGCGGAGGAGAAGCACGCGGGCCUGAGUUGGGCGGCCCGGCACCGACGUCAGGUUCCCCUUACCUGAGCAGGUGCAUGAAUUCUGAAAGUUCAACUGAUGAAGAAGGUGGAGGCUUUGAAUGGGACGAUGACUUCUCCCCAGACCCUUUUAUGUCCAAGACAACAAGUAACCUUCUUAGCUCUAAACCUUCCCUUCAAACCUCCAAGUACUUCUCGCCACCGCCGCCACCCCGGAGCGCCGAGCAGAGCUGGCCCCACGCGUCCUACUCCAGGUUCUCCAUCUCCCCUGCCAGCAUCGCCAGCUUCUCUCUCACACACCUCACAGACUCGGACAUUGAGCAGGGAGGAAGCAGUGAAGACGGAGAGAAAGAUUAGGUGACGCAGAGGCACCUCAGACCCGGCUGCUCCCCCGCGGCGGCUUUCCCGGUACCCGCCGACUGCCGGCCCCCUACUCCGUGGCUGCUGAGCCUGGACGGGAAGAAGGACCCAGGAGGCCAGAGGGAGUGGUGCAGUGGGCCGGCCGGAGGCGUGGUCCUGUCCAGCUGGUCUAGUGCAGCUUGCUGCCUUUGCCCUGCGCUCCCGGCCACUCCCACCCACCUGCAGCGUCUGCGAUUCCGUCCUGACGGAGCGUGAGCCUGUCCUGCGUAGGGGGACCUGUCGGCUCCGGGUUGUUCCUGGUUCCCACGUUGGGUGUUCUCUGCGGCCACACCUGUGCAUCCAUCCUGUCUGUGCACAGGGCCCUGAGGACCACAGUGGGAAUUGGCACCAGUGAGCCAUAUUUAUUAUUUUUAAAGAAAUCACUAAUUGCUUUCUGUAAUUGCACUGUGGAUAAAUGUCCUAAGAGUCUCUCAUAUUGUACAGAAUCGUAAAUUAUUCAAGGAGAAAUAAGGCAGGUCAAGCUGGUGCUAUCCACUAGUUUGAUUUUUUUUCUUCUGUUUUAUAGUUUGUUUGCUCUGCAUGGUACUUGUAAAGCUUAAAUAUUUUGAGUGUUAUGCCGUCUUUAGAAUUGUCGGAAUUGUACAUACGGUACUCUUUCGUAAAUGAGAAAUGAUUCUGAAUGUUAGUGUUUUAUGUUCUUACAGGAAAUAUUUUUGAUGAGUCCAAAAAGACUGCUCUGUUUUGUUGACUGAAUGAAACACAUUUGUGUCUCUUCUCUAUAAGGUGGUUUCCCUGUUGCAAAUGAGGCUUCUCUGAGGAGCUGAGGGUUUUGCAGCCCAGCCGUGUGAUUCUCCCACCCUCCCCUCCCCCAGCUUUUUAGAAACCCUUUUGGUAAAAAUUGACAGGUGGUUCCCUGAGCCCAGCUGUGGUCAGAGUGCCCAGUCCCCCACCCUCUCCCCGGGGACCCACGUCCUGCUGCGCGGGUCCUGCUGCAUGGGUCGGGGGUCUUGCCAGCUGAGCAGGGCCCCAGGUCGCUGCCCCUCAGAGCUGGCCCUUCUGCUUGGUUUGGAGGCGUAGCCUUGGUGGCCUCGGGGUCCUUGGGUUGUAGCUUCUUUCUCCAGGAUGGUGGAGAACUGAGCGUAGAAGCUGCCCCACGGGGGGCUCUGGGUGCCAGGACGGUUUGAGUUCACGCUGUUUGUGCAGUUCAAGUGUUGAGCUGUCGAGAGUCUCUGGAGCUGAGUUGUCCCCUCAGACCCACUCCGGGUCCCAUCCCAUCCGAAGGCAGCUGGUCCCUGUAACUGAGGAGAUGCACUACAUCCCACAGCUGUGAGGGGGACGGGGGCAGCAGCGGGGCCUCCGCAGCCAGCACGGCCUCCUGGCUGGGGCCUUGGGCAGCCUGAGUGGCCGUUGCACCCAAAUGCUGCCCUGCACUGACAUCCCCACUUUUGCAUUAAGCACCAAGUUCACCCCUUGCUCUGAAAGGCCCGCACGUGUCCAGUGCAGCUGUAAUGUUGGCAGGAACCGGGUACUGAUGAUAAAAAGCUGACCUCGACCCGCUGUGGUCCUCAAGUAGACAGCGUGGCUGCGCUGUGCGCACUGGGCAGGGCCUCGGGCCUGGGUCCCCACAUGCUGGCCCCUUGUCCCAGCUGCCUUCUGGUGCUGAUCUGCUUUCCCGACUCCAGCGGGACCCUGGGAGACACCAGGCCCAGGCUGGGGCCACAGGAUGGGAGUCACGGGAACCGGGUCCCAGAGGCAGAGGGGUGCGCUUGUCAGAGUUUACAUCGUAGAUUGUGCCCUUUGUUGUCAGUCUGGCUCACUACCGUUUUGUACUAGCAAUAACUUUCCAGAGCAAGAAGAUUCCAAACGGAAGGAGCGCCUCUGACCCUCCCCAGGUGUGAGCACAGAGCACUGCAGAGCUGGCCUCUGGCGUGCGUGUGGGAAACACAGUUCACAGGGCAUUAGGAGGGGAUUUUGCCAAAACUGUCAUAACUCUGAAUUUCUUGCUGUGGAGACUUCUGAGGUUUCUGAAUUUUUAUAUCUAACUACCGGUCUUGGUUGGGAGAGAAACGAGAGGCAGUUAAUACUAGUUUUUUCAAAUUACAGUUGCAGGGAGUUCAGAUUUAAUGACUGAAAUCAUGCAGAUCCAUAGAAUAGAUAGUCUUCAUAUACAGUGAGCCCAGGAUGCAUUUAUUGAUGUUUUGGGGCUGUACAUUUUUCACUAUGAUUAAGGAGAUUUUAACAACAUAAUUCCCAUUUUAAUUUAUUUUGAGGUUUGUAUCACUCAUAAUUAAUUGCCAAAAACAUUUUCUACGUGGAGUCGGGGUGGGGUGGGGCAGUAGGUCUUAGUGUGGUGUUGCAUGGUCGGGGAGAUUUUAUAUUUGUAAUAAACAUGUGAAUUAACAUGUUGUUUUGAAAUCUCAAGCAAUACACAGGCAAUUAUGUAGAUUAAAAUUUUCAGCCCAUUUUGGAAAUACCA